UUUUGAAAGGCGCUCGUUCUAGUCAUGUCGCCGGUCUUACAGGACGCCAUGACCGUCCCGUCCGCGGCGGAGCUGGACUCCUUCAAGUACGGAGACCUGCAGAACUUGGCCAAGAGUCUGGGCCUCCGCGCUAACCUGAAGGCAGACAGGUUGUUAAAAUCUUUGAAAGCUCACCUCAAACUGGAAGCAAGGAAAGAAAAUAACAGUCAGGGUGAAAAAGAAACUGCAGCCUUCUGUGAUGAGACUGAGACACAGAUGAGCAGUCAGGACCACGCUGGGAAGGAGCCAGUUGUCCAUGUCACCAAAAGGAAAAGGCGCAGGCACAAGAGAGGCCAUGGGAAGCCUGACUCUCAGAAGCAGCCUGGCAGUAAGGGAAAGGUAGUGACUCCAGUUCCUCCCAGAGGAAGACUCCCUGUGGCCUGCACUCCCACACAAAAGUGCCACUCUCCAGGCCAGUCCCGCAACCCUGCAAGGCAGAGCGCAGUGUGUCUGAAGGGGUCAGUCAGGCGGACCACGCUCUCAGCAACCAAGAUGAACGUCAGGUUUUCAGCUGCUACUAAAGAUAACGAACAUAAGGGUUCACUGACCAAGACUCCAGCCAGAAAGUCUCCACAUGUGUCUCUAUCUGGGAUUACCCCUAAAAGCCAGGCUGUGCUCGGAACACCCAAGUUAAAGACCACCAAGGGGAAUUCUGCUUCUGUCAUUACUCCAUUCAAGUUGACAAGCAUGGCAAUGAAGACUCCAGUCUCCGAUAAGAAACCAGUGUUUGAUCUGAAAGCAAGUCUGUCUCGUCCCCUCAACUAUGAGCCACACAAAGGAAAGCUGAAACCAUGGGGACACUCUAAAGAAAAUAAUUCUCUCACUGAACAUGCAAGCAGAGUCAGCGUCUAUAAGAAAUCUUACAAACAGCCUCCUCUCCAAACCAGGGAAGAGCAACGGAAAAAGCGUGAGCAAGAACGAAAGGAGAAGAAAGAAAAGGUGUUGGGUGCCCGAAGGGGCCUCAAUAUGAUUAAAAACAACUAAUUUUUUAAUGUCUGGUUAAUAUUUCUUCAUUCCUGUUUUUCUUUGUAAAUAUUUUUCUACUGUCCCCCCUUCAUUAGUCAGAAGCUCUUGUUUCCCUGUUGACUUUUAUCUGUUAUCUAUGUACUGUCCCUGGGUUCUUCAGGUCCAAUAACUCUGAAAAGUUAUCAUCUUAAAGCUCAAAAAUUCACUAGGCGUGGGUGGCUCAUGCCUGUAAUCUUAGCUACAUAGAGGCUGAGACCCAAGUAUCAUGGUUUAGAGCCAGCUAU